AAGCUGAAUUCGGUGAGGGUUAUCAUGGAUAGAACGAACCGGCACGGCUGCCGAGGCGCACGUGUGAAGCGGACGACCGUGACAGCAGUCGAGUGUAUGAGUGCUGACGGGCGAUAUCUACAUCCGAUGAUCAUCUGGCCCGCGGCCACCCACCGAGCGAACUGGGUGACUCAUCCUACACCUGGAUGGCAUUAUGCCUACUCCGACAGCGGAUAUACAGACUCAUAUCUCAGCCUGCAGUGGCUCCGUCUGGUGUUUGAUCCGCAAACGAGAGACCGAGCGGGACAGCGACCGCGUGUGCUGAUUUGUGACGGCUUUGGCACCCAUGAAACCCUCGAGGUCCUUGAGUUCGCUCUUCAGCACCAGAUCAUACUUUGCCGCCUGCCUUCCCACACAUCCCAUAAACUGCAGCCAUGUGAUAUCUCCGUCUUCGGUCCACUCAAAGGAGCAUAUCGUGAUCAGGUAGAACGGCUCGAGCGAGGCGGCGUCUGGUCGAUGAUGAGCCAUUGAUCGGGCAAAUUGUCGUCAUCCAUGAGUGUCGUGCCCGGAAUGCGGAGUGGGACAAUCGCGGGAAUUCAUCUCAUGCUCCCCAGGCGUCUUUGCCGUGGAGCGAAAGAGCAGUAUCAUCGUCGCAAAAAAG